AUGCCGAAGUUGGAGAAUUCGAAUUUGCACAAACAGCGCAAGCGGAAUAGGGUUCCUAUUUCGUGUACGAUUUGCCGGCGUCGCAAGGUCAAGUGUGACAAAAAGAAGCCAGAAUGUACAAACUGUAUCAAGAAUGGAGUGCAACAUCUUUGUCGGUACCUUGAACCCAGCUGGGCCAAGCCUCUGGAUGAAAAAGAGCUGCUUUUCCCUGGAUCUGUGCCGUCGAACCAUCAGAGAGAGCUCUCGACGUUCUCUGGUGACGACGACGCAGAAAUUAAACGGCUGUUGUCCAAGAUAAGAGAGCUAGAACACGAGAACAGCGAGCUUAAAAAAAAUAAACAAACAUCAGGCACCACUCGAACUUUGCUCAAGAACUCAGACAACCUGGUUGACUGCAUUCGCAAUUCGAAUAUCCUGUUCACUGCGAAGAAGGGUCCCACGUAUAAUUUCCCCAUCAUCUACCAGAUCAGUGUUCUUUCGUGGAUGUUUGUUGUUCGUAACGAUUCGUACCUGAACAACUUGUGGCUCAAGAUUUUGAAGCUCCGCAACCACUACGAGUACUACUACAGCAGCAAGAACGCAAUGGCCGACGCCUCCAAGUCUUUGGAGACAGAUUACACCAACUACGAUUUUAGAAUGAGUCGAAUUAGACAGCACAACAAAACCCACGAAGUGCCAAAGGAAAAAAGCAACGAGCACACCAGCAAGCUCAAGAAGUUCCUUGAAACGGCAAUGGUGUUCAACAAGCCUGCCUCGGGCUCAAAGUGUCCAAUCACAGGCCAGGCCGGAGAAUGUCCUGCGCAGCAGUCUCCAACGGUUGAGAAGUCUCCUGUUACUGUGAAACGGUGCCCUGUAAUCCACGACGAUGGCAGCCAAAUCGAAAUGGGCAAAGAGGACGUCGACGACGAAGACGACAUCGAGAACCCGAAAGUUUGUCCGCUCAUGAUCGGCGAUGCCCGGGCCUUGUUCAAAGAAAAACUGUCCAAGAUGUCUGUUUCGGCCAUUAGAGACCUGCCCAAGUCGCACUCUCCUAAAGUGACGUCCAUCUCGGCGGAUUUCACAGAGACAAACAGCGGCUCGUCGAGCACCGCAGAGACCGAGACAGCCCAGUCUGUCGAAAACUCCGAGCCGGUCGCCACCAUUGACGGGUUGCGCAAGCUCAACAAAAAUCCCAAGAAAUCAAAGACCAUAUCUCCUUCCGCAAUCAAGAAUCUCAACUACAACAACACCAAACAGGUCAUUGCUGUGAUUGAAAAGCAUCUGCCCGACCGCAAGGUUGUCUGGCUACUGAUCGACAGAUACUUUGAGAGAUUGUACAUCCAUAUGCCGUACGUGGACGAAGAGACGUUCCGGAUGAGAAUUGCUUCGAUCAUCGACUCUGCCGACUCCUCGUCCCAGGAGAUCCGUCUGGGCUCUAUUGGGUCUCAGUAUUGUGAAGAGUUUUUGAACAUUUGUUUAAUGCUCAUUAUUCUGCGGUUGAGUUGGUUGUCUCUUCCAACCAAAAUGUCCGAAAGUCUCACCCCAGAGGAGCAGAUCAUGAUGAAGCCCGAAAACGUCAUCACCAUGGUGCUCGUGGAUAUGGUGAAGGAGAUUUUUUCAAGCGCCAAAAUCAUGAGCAAACCGUCUCUGAUCAUUUUCCAGGUCGGUCUGUAUCUCAAAUUCUACAACGUGAUGUCGCCCGAGGACGGGUUCGAUCUCGAAGACUCGUACUCGAACACCAACACCAGCCUGUUGAACUCGAACGACCUGAGCGGAGACCUCACCAACGAGAACCCGAAUAUGAACUCUCCAAAUUUCAUGUAUAUGUUGAUCCAAUUGGCCAGAACCAUUGGAUUGAACCGCGACCCGCUCAACUUCAAAAACUUCUAUCCAGCAACAGAGGACCCGGUUUCGAAUGCCAGACUGUUCCGCAAGAGACAUUUAUGGAGAAAAUUGUGGUACGGCCUGCUUGGUAUUAGCAUUGAGAGCAACUUGAGUUUGGGAGACUACGAGAAAGGACUUCCAAUAGAGAUCGACUUCGAUCCGACGCUGGGCUCCGUCAACAAGACAUGGGAUUGUCGACUUCCUGGUGGAGUCGAACAGGGUGUCUUGGAGAAGAGUUUCAAUGGCAACUUGUUGAAGAAGGAGCAACUGGUGGUCACCAAUUUCAAAGACUCUAUUUUGGUGUACCAUACGUUAUACAAAGGAAUGAGCACAUUGUUUAAUGUCGAUGUGACGCCAACUUCGAAGGACUUCGAUGUAAUUCUUGCCAAGUUGCUGGACCUUGUUUCUGAUCGGUCCAAAAUCAAGCUGAACAUGGCCUCGUUCAUCAGCGACGAGGAAGAAACGCCUUUGGAAAGAUAUGUCAAGAUCUACAAGUUCAAGCUCCACUUGGUGGUGAAGUCGAUGCUGUUUGCCCUGAACUAUCUGCUUUUCCUCAACCACGAACAGAAAUUCAACAGAUGGAUCUCUGAAAAAGGAACCAGUAUAGAGAAGCUGGAGAAGCAAAAAGAGCACAUGGGCACGUACUUCGAGAGCUGUUUGCUGCUUGCUGUUGACAACUACGAUAUUUUCAACCAGGUCUACGAGAAAAGCGAUACGUUGUAUCCGAGCUGCGGAUCGCAGUUAAUUCUCUAUCCGUAUCUUUUGAUAUUGAACCACCGGUCGCACGAGUUUUUGAUCUCGUUGAUUUUGCGGUUGCAACAGAACUCGCCUGUGGUUUUGGAGAUUCUCAAGAAGAACAAUAUUGACCAGGAAGAACUGAUGAGCAGACUGUUUGACUACUUGCAAUCUUUCCUGGACAAACUGGAGGAUCUCACCAAGCUGUACUACUAUGCAUGGAGAUUGAAGAAGAUGGUCAAGUUUUUCCACAACAUUCUGACCAACUCCAACAAACUGUUCAACUUCAACUUCAAGAAUCUCGAGACCGACCAAACCAAAACGGACGUGGUGCUCGAAACUCCGAGACAGUCGCAACCGUUGCAACUGCACCAGCCACCGUCCCAGAUCAAGAGGGAGCCUACAAACGCGUUCGAGAUCGCGUUCGGUACCUCGAAACUGCCGCCCGUCACCGACUUCACGGGCGUGCCUGACGCGGUCGACAUGAACGGCGGGACUCCAAUCGAGCCACAGAUGAACGUUGCCCCGAUGCCCGACAUGUUCGACGACUCGUUCCUGACCGAGCUGUCGGACUUCAACGGACCCCUACCUAAUGAUAAUGUGAACAACUUAGCUAUGAUGGAUGCACAGCCCAUGAUGAUGAUGGAAAACGGCGCUGGCCACGGCUUUGCCCAACCGGGCUUCCACAACUCGUUGAACGAGAUCGAUUUCACCAACGUCGAUCUCAGCUCGCCGUUCGACAACUACCCAAUGAACUAUGAGAACGGCUACCAGAACGGGCUUGGAAACCUCAAUUUCCACUUCAACUAA